AUGGAACAUUCUACAUGCAUCGUGCUUCUUAUACUCUGUUCAAAAUGCGUUGGAGUUAAUAUAAGGAAGAUUGAGGUACCAGCGUUGGUGGAAGUGGGUACCGAAUCAGUUGUGCUCGACUGUCAAUACAAUAUUGACAUAGUGUCUCCAAGAAUCGGUCUGGUUAUGAAAUGGUUUUUCAACGGAUCACAAGGUCUUGUGUAUCAAUGGAUACCGCCCAUGCGGCCUCAAUUUAUCGGCCUGCUGAAAGGGAAAGUUGACGUGAAUUUUAAAAUUUCAGAUGAUCCACUUCAAGCCCACAGAGCGAUAAAAAUACAGAAUCCGACAACCGAUUUAAGCGGUAACUACACAUGCGUCGUUUCAACGUUCUUAGAGGAAGAUCGACAAACAAGGACAAUGCUCGUUUACAGUACAGCACAAAAUUUUGAAUUCGUCCAAGAAAAGAAAUACGUUUUUUUAGUGACAUUAAUUUGUUCUGCAGAAAAUUUGUACCCAAAACCAGUCAUGUCUAUUCUGUCAAAAGGGGUACCAUUAAAACAAGCUUUAACGGAAAUGAAAAUGAAUUCAUGGGGCCUGUACUCAGUUACCACAACGGCUGUGGUCCACGACGACGAUGUCGCAAGACCAAUGGAGGAGUUUGUGUGCAUGCUGUCUUUACCGCCUGCUAAUUACACGCGUAAUAAAACAACAGUGUAUUACCCCGGGUUAAUGCCUACUGCAUAUAUUGCCGCUUAUGAGGUGAAUAAGCCACAAGAACGCCUAUCAAACAGUGGUACGAUUGCAACGGCUUGCAAAGGUUUACUGGUUUUCUUGACCCUCUUCUUCUUAAAGUAG